GGUGGGGGGCGGGGCUAAGGUCUGGGGGUAGGACUAAGAGCUGGGAGUAGGUCUGGAGAGGAACUAGGGAUGGGACUGAGGGCUGGGCCUGAGCGGCCGAGCUAAGGUUUAGGCCUGAGAGAAAGAGGUGGUACGAAGGCUAAAGGUGGGACAAAGAGGAGCUUGGAAGGAGCUGCAAGGCCCCGGAUGAAGAGCGCGGCUGAAGCUUAGAUUUGGGCUAAGACUACACAGAGCCAGGGGAGGGUGGAGGGGGGCAUUGAGCAAGCAUGAGGCGGAGUUAAGGGCUGGAUUGGGGCGAAACUGAGAUUGGGGUUUACGGCUGGCUCGACCAAGCUGAGGUUCAGGAUUGGACUUCUGCGAGGAAGAGUCUUGUAGAGACGAGAACUGGGCUGAGAGCGAUGUGGGUCAGAACGACACUGAGGAUUGAAAGGUGGAUUAAGGAAAAGACUGAGGACAAUGCCAGCAUCUGGGAUGAGAGCAGCACUGAUGUAAACAGGUUACCCGGCUGGGAGAGAGGACAUCUGCUGGCUGGUGUGCCCUCUAGCACUGACGCAUCUACCUUCUCCUCUGAAGGUGAAUUCAAAGACCCGGACAGGUGCUGCUGGAAACACAAGCAGUGCACUGGGCAUGUCAUCCACCCCUUCCCCUCGGACUAUGGCCACCACAACCUGCACCUGCACUCCAUCAGCCACUGCGACUGCGAGUCUAGGCUGAAGGACUGCUCAGAGAAGACAAAUAGCGACAACUCCCAAGAUGUGGGCCCAACCUGCUCCCGAGAUGAGGGUCCAACAUGUUUCAACAUCAUCCAGUCCCCUUGCUUUGAGCUCAUCCCAGAGGAGGAGUGUGUGGAGCGGUUCUGGUAUGGCUGGUGCAAAAGCUAUAGGCCUGUCUCUGUGGCAGUGAUCCACCAUCCCAUCCACCAUGACUAUGUGGCAGAUGAUCUGAAUGAGGAGGAGGAGGAGGAGGAAGAAAGCAAACCUCCCAUUCCCACCCAGGUGGGGCCUGCCACCACCGCCCCCGCUGACCCAGGCCUGGGCACCGUCACAACUACCCCAGACUCAGCAGCUCCCAUCACCAUCUGGCGCUCCGAGAGCCCCACAGGGAAGUCCCAGGGCAACAAGGUGAUCAAGAAGGUAAAGAAGAAAAAAGAAAAGGAGAAAGACAAGGAAGAGGAGCUGGAUGAGAAGCCAAAGCCGAAGAAAAAAGUCAAGAAGGGCAAGUUGAUGAAGAAGAAAAGCCCAGUUAAAUCGGAAUCUUCACCUCCGGACUUGAGCCGAUCAGUAAGCCCCAGAGAGCUGACCAGGAUGUCAGAGUCCAGCCCAGACAGCCGGGAAGACCUGGAGAGUGAGGACAGUUACAAUGACCCCCGGCGGGAGGAGCCCUCCAGUGAUGAUGUUGUGGAGUCUUCGUCACCCAGGAAGAGAGAGAAGAACACGGUCCAGACUAAGAAAGCUGGGGCGAAGACCUCACCAGUCAAGAAGGUCAAGAGGAAAUCUCCCCCAGGAUCCAACCCCAAUCUCAGUUGAGGCCAGGGCGUCCAGUGUGAAGAAUAAAUGCGAUCAAGCCUGUA